GCGAGGCUGAUAAUGUAGGUCGCGGUGGUGCGGCUGGCGCGCUAACAUCGCGCUCAUCUUCGACGAGCACUUUUGGAACUCCGGGAGCGACCUGACGGGUUAUUUUCGAAGGCUUCGCUGGAUAUCGCCCCGACGAUUCUCUUCUCUUUAGUUACGCGGUGUUUGUUGUACGCGAAUGUUGUAUUUAAUCGUAAGUGCGUAGGUGUCGGGAGUGCUACGAGCUGGAAUUCUUUUUUAAACGUGUUGGUUGGUGUUGCUCUCUAAACAUUCCUUCUUUCUAUUUGAGAGUGGUUACGGUUACGGAGGAGUGGUUUAGUGUCGGGUUAUUUUUUUUUAUUAUUGUUAUUUUAGGUGGAAUGUAGUCAAUUUUAAUAACGCUGGAGGAUUAUUGCUGAACAGCUGCUGUUUAAAUGGUGGAAUGGCACGUGCUGGCAUGGCAUUAAGAAGAGGAGCGAAUCAGGGGAAUGCAGACAGCAGCGGCGACGACGUCCAACGUUCAAUCGAAUUGUUAGACCAAGUGCUCUCCGAAUUCGAUGAUGUGGAAAACGCGAAUCAGGUUCAAAACAUCACGACAUCGACAUCGACGCCUCAUCAACGCCGCCGCGCCGCCGCCACGCCGCCCCGCGGCCGCUCGACGACCGCCACCCCCGACGACGAGAGCCCCUCGCUGGGCGGCCAUCAAUCCGAGGACGACGGCUACAUGAGCAUGAACGGGCGCAAGGCCAAGUUCAAUCUGUCGUUCAAGCCGCUGGCCGAGCACCGCGAAUCGCCGCCCCCGCCGGCCGCCCUCUCGCCGCACCAGCUCCGGUCCCCGACGACGCCCCUUCGGCCCGGCGAUCCCGACGAUUUCCCGCCGCCGCCCGAGGAGGCGCGCCGGUUGAUCGCCACCUUGUUGCCCAAAGUAUCGCCGACUCACCGUCCGACGAAGCCCCACAACGGCGGCGGAGGCGGCGCCGGCAGGAACCACCACCGUUCGUUCCCGCUCACCCAGCUCCCCCUGCGAAUGGAGACCAUCCCGCCGCCGCAGAGGUUCCAAAACGAUCACAACGCCGCCCCCAUUAUCAUCAACGGUCUACCGCCAGACCCGAUUCACACUGCCACCCAAACGACUUUGCCGAAAACGAAGCAUCAACGUCCAUUCGGUUGGGAACACAACGAUUUCACUUUGAACCCUCCACCGCCCCCGCCCGGAUACCGAUUCGGCAGUCUACCCUACCAGCACGGAGUCUACCCGAUCACAUCGCCUACUAGAAUGCCCCCUAGAACUGUGCCUACAGUCGUAGAAAGACACCGAGAAGUCAAACGACAUGGUAGUGAAGACAAUCUAUCGAGCGAUUUGGACGAGACUUCGGCUCUUCGACCGCUCAGCGAACUGGCGGACGACGAGCACUUCUCGGACGAUUCGCUGGAGGAAAUGCCGCCGCCGCCGCCGCCGCCUCCGGUUUGCGACAAACGGGCCAGCAUCGCCUGGGAGGUGCCCCUCGACGACGACGCCCUCCUCACGCCGGGCAGCACCAAAGUGAUAGGCAGGCGAAGGCGGAAAUCGGGUUCCUGCUCGAGCACCAGUUCGAUACCCAACCGGUUGAAAGAACUGGAAGACUGGCCGGACCCGCCGCCUUGCACCACCGAAGACGAGGUCACCUCGCCCUUUUCCGACUCCGACGAGCACGUCGUCCUGCCUCCCGAGCUCGGCAGCGCCAACGUAUCAGGCAGCAGCACUUUCGUCAUCAGAAAAGUCAAAGACCGCAAGUCCCUGCAAGCCUCGUUGACCUCCAACUCCUCGUUGAACUCCCGCCUGAGCUCGGAGCUGAGCCUGCCGACGAGCCGGUUCAGCGGCGAGCUGAGCCAUCUGCACACGCCGAAUUCCCGGUACAGCGUCGAUUUGGGCGCGCCGCAUUCCCGCCUCAGCCAGGAGUUCAACUCGCCCAAGUCCCGGCUGAGCUUGGACCUGAACAACACCAGAUUGCUGAGCCACGAGCCGGGCUCGUCGCCGUCGGGGCGCAGCGCGUCGAGCAGCCGGUCCAGCACGCCCGGCCGGUACGAUGGCGAGACGAGGAAGCACAGCACCACGUUCGAUAACAUCAAAUCGUUGGUUAGAGACGGGGUGGUGCACAAUUUGGUGUCGCCCACGAUGGAAACCGCUAGAGAUUUCGGCGCAGCGGUGUCGCCGAUGGUGAGAGUGGUCUCGUUGCCCAGCCUAGGAGUCGACGCCGAGGAGUUUACGCCGAAACGGGAGCUGGACGUGACCGUGGAGGAGGAGGAAGAGGUGGAUAGUUCUCAGCCGAGCGCGGAGAUUUCGCCGUUGAGGAAAAUCGAGCAGAACAUCAGCGAGUUGUUGGAGAGGCGCGAUAUAGAAGUGGUGCAAAACGAUCAGUUCGUUUUGAACGGUGUGGAGUCUUUGAUUAGAGAUAAGAAAUCCAAACCGCCAUCGAAACCGACCAGAGACACCAGGCAUCGGAUCGAUUUGCAGAAAUCGAAUAGCCACAGCGAAAUCCAAAAAUCCGAGGAAUACUACAGGCAGCUUUUGAUCGAAGUAGGUGGUAUUCCGUUUCCGAAGCGAAACGGCAUCCAGAAAUCGGAGAGCGCCAAGGAGAUGCUGAUCGCCCACAGGGAGCGGGACGCCCGCCCGUUGCCCACCUCCACGUCGGCGGACUUUCCCGUGCGCGUCGAAGUGCUCAGCCACGAUUUCCCGCCGUUGCCGCCGUCGCCGGUCGAAGAGGACGAGGACGAGUACACGGAGAUCCUGCACCCGGUGCGCAAAAGCCGCGCCGACACGUUGCCCAACGCCAACGAACCGCCCGCGGUGCCCGCCCACCACUUGCAAACCGUCUCCAACAGCCUCAAAACCAGAUCGAUGGACGGGAAUUACUCCAGAGGUAGAAGAACGAAUUUCUUCACUUCUUCGAGUAGGAAUGUACCGCCGGAACGCAGAACUUUACCCACUGAGUUCCAAGAGAAACGCAGACCGUUCCAGAAGAGGGCCUCGCAGCAGAGUCCUCAAGACGAGCACCAUCUGCAGACCUCCUGCAGUUUACCGGAAACUCCCAUCUUCGCCAGAGGUUGUGAUAUACCGAGGACUCCUCAUCGAAGGGCCCCCGACGUGCCCGGCAAUCAGACCGCCCCCAGGCAAAGCAACACCAUAGGUAGCCUAAGCACGAUCGGUACGACGGCGUCGAGCGGCGGCUGCCGACGGGGGCUGUCGCAAACGGGGCUCGAGCAGGCGAUCGCGGGGGCGGAGCUGCUGCGGCUGGCCGGCGGGCCGGGGCGCGGCUGGUACCCGAAGCAGCGGCAUCGCAGGCCCGCCUCCAUCGAGCACCUCGACCGGACGACGGCGGGCGCCAAUCCGUGGGGCGGCGACGGGACGGGGGGCGGGCGGAAGCCGCAGACGCUGCCGCCGAAUCUGACGCCCAAGUUCUUCCAGCGGUCGCCGCGGGACGCCCUGAGGAGGGUCACGAGCUUGUUGAUUAAGAAAGUUUCUUGUUUUGUUCCAGGCAACAAUGGGAAGGAGAAGGAACACGGGAAAAAGGAGAAGGAAAUCGUAUCUCCGACGAUUCACGAAAACGCCAACGGCGAAGAAGUCCAAAAGAAGAAAGGUUUUUUCAAGAACUUCUGGAAGAGAUCCAGGCACUACUCCUUGGAGCAACAAUAGUGAACCCCUUUUAUAUUUAGGAUAUUUUUUGUGUACAUUUUAUAUACCUUAAAAGUAACUCGACAAUUCUAACCGCUAGUAUUAAAUUUACUAAAAUUGACGAGUAAAAUCCUUAUGCAUUACGCCAUGCGGGAUGUUCGAUGUACCGAAUGUACACUUUUUUUUGGGCAAUUUCACACCAUUUGACAUUGAGUUUUAACGUGGGCAUCCGGUAGAUGUAGAUAUUACAUUACUAAUUUAUUACGUGUAACAAUUUUUAGCAAACACUCUGUAUUCGUCGAACGGUAGGCAAGUUUUUCUAUACCAGCAAUUUUUACCAUUUUUUUUUAUACAAGUAAAUUUAAAAUACACCUGUAACUGCGUUGAUUACAAUUUUUAAACGUUUUAUAUACUCGUCUAAUUAAUUGCGAAAUAGCGCUGAAUGUAAUGUUUUCGUAUUAGUACGUUUUGUUUUAUUUUAAACUUGCCAACCUAUUU